AUGCAGCGGCCCCCACGUAGCAGAGCACCUGCGCAGUACAAUUUCCAGCGAGUCUACAAAGCAUGCAUCCCCUGCCGACAGCGGAAGGUGAAGUGCGAGCCAGGGCCCGAUCAGAACCACCCAUGUAAGCGAUGUCGGAAGAUGGACCUGGGCUGUCGGUUUUCGACGAAGCAGCCCUGGUCAAGAAAGAAGGAUACAGAGAACGGGGCCGAUACUGUUGCUCAUCAUGACUUUUCGGCUUCUGAACCUCGUCAGAAAUUGCCCUUUUAUAAUGCAGCUACGAUGACGGCCACGACGGCCGGGGGUAGCGGGCAACCGUCGCCUUCGACUUCAGCUUCGGCUUUGGCAACUGCGGGUUUCGAAGAUAGUGGGUGCAUUUCUACGACGGUGUUGCAGAAGCAGGUUGCGAGUGGGAAUGAUGCGUUGAAUAUUCUGUUUGAUGCGGCGGCGCAGGCGGGCUCUGGUGCGCGCGCUCCACAAACCACGGUGUCUGCUGAUACGGCAUCCCCGUUUGACGUUCGAUCGGAGGAGAAUGUGCUUAAGAUCUGGGAAGGCUGUCGGUUUGUCAAAAUGGGGUGGUUCACGGCGGAGGAAGCAUUGUUACACGGCAUAUAUCAACCAUUGCUCCUCUCGGAAUGGUAUCCUCUAGCACUGCAUUUCCCGCAUGAGUCGGACGGAUGGGAUUCGGAUUGGAUGUUAACAACGCAUACCAUGCGAGAUCCACCUUCUACUGGGCAGGAACUCCCCAUGCAGGACCGUUGGAGGGAGGAUGUUGUGGAACCAACAAGACGUUCAGAACGAAUGUCAUGGAUGCUGGUUAGUUCGGCGCUCGCCCUUGCGCAUGAGCUCGGUGUGUUCGACUCAAGAGACCAUGUGAGCAACGCGAAAGGGCAGGAUCAGAUUGCAGGUCCAGACGUCGAAAGCUAUCUGCAGGAUUUAGAUCUCAGGCGCCAGCGACUUCCGUCAUUGCUAUUUGUGACUGUGAAUUUACUAGCGUCUAGGAUUGGCUGCACAUCUAUCAUGCCGGAUCACUCCAAACCGUCAAACCUUGAUAGGAUUAUGGUCGUCGACCUUGAAUGGGCGAGAUUCAUGACCUCAUGGGCAGAUCUGACAGUGUUGACUCGGACACUGCGAGAAACAUUCUUUACUCUGACCAAAAGUAAUGACACCCAGUGUAUUGACUUUGAGUCUCUAGAGCAAUGGAAAAUGCAGCUUGCAGCUUGGAAAGACCACCAUCACGGCAUUGAAAGCUUUUGCUAUGAUAAUAUUCUCCAGAUUGAGUACCAAUACCUGAGGGUUUUUGCCAGUUCCCUCGGAGUCCAAGGCAUCGUUGAACGCGUACUAUCCGACACGCUCCCGCAAGGAACAAUCGACGCAACAUUUGUCUCACAGGCACGCCAGCUUAACAUGAGCAGGAAUGAGUACGAGUUCAUUGAAGAAGUCAUCGAUGGGGCCUGCGUGAUCCUGACGCAUAUUGUAUCCCUCUCCGACCCCCGAUGUCUUCCGAUGAGGGUAUUGUCGCGCAUGAUAAGCUCCUCAAUAUUUCUUCUCAAAGCGCUAGCCCUAGGCGUGCGGAAGACCAAGUUACAGGAAUCUCUACAUUUGCUGGAUGCGGCAAUAGCUGCUCUGCUUUCUAACCCACUAGAUGAUAUCCAUCUUGUCUCAAGAUACGCCACGCUCCUUAAGACCCAUGUGUCGCGCUUGCGACAGACAUUCGUUAGCUCUGGGCAAGUGGAGAACCAGAGUAAUGAACCAAGCCAGAAUGAAACUAGCGAUCUUAACGAACUAGAACAGCCGCCCCAAACAGAAAUUACAUGGGAUCCUGAUAUGAUGCACUGGUCUGACCAAGUUGACUUCAACGACUGGCUGUCUCUUCCGCUAGACCCCUUGAUGGCCCCCUUCGGAUCCUGGGACGGGGGCCAAGGGGAUUUAGGGCUAGAGUCAGACUGUUUAGACCUGGACUUUAUUUGGAAUCUUCCUCCAUAG